AUGGCCCACACAAUGCCAAACAUCAUGAUGUCCUCGAUGCCGUCGCUUCCCGCCUCUCCGCUGAGUGCCCGGGGCAUUGAUGAGUCAAUAUCCGGAGAUGUCACGUACAGACUGGGCGGUCAGUUUUGGCCCUCCCGCUGCUUUGCCAAACUGCACGGAGACUUGUUGAUGCUGCAACGAAGCGGAAGGCAGCAGGCCGCCGUGUCCUUGACCGGCGCCAAGGUGGAGGUGACUGCACAGAGCACCGUCCAGAUCGAGGCACGGGACGCGAGGCGAUGCGCUGGUGCCAGGCUCUCCGUCGAGCAGUCAACCGCUCUCGAGGACCGCUUGGAGCUGCUGCAAGCACAGAUUCGAGAAAAGGAGGCUUCCAUCAAGGAACUGGGUGAGGCUCAGAACGCUGCUAUGGCCAGGGCUGACGCUGCAGCAGAUGCGAAGCAGGAAGCAGAGGCUCGAGUGAAGCUAGCGGAGCAAGCUCUUCGAACCGAGCAAUCUCUGCGAGAAGAUCGUGAGAAGAAGCUGGAGGUCGGAGAGUCGGAAGAGAAGAGCAGCAAAUACAAGCAGGAAAUCGCCGACUUGCAGAUCGAGCUCUCUCUGCAGAAGGGUGAAGUGGCAUCGCUCCGCGACCAGCUCUCCGUGGCACUGGAAGAGCGCGAUGUACAGCUGGCCGAUGCACAGUCGCGAACGCAGGCUUACGAAGGUUUGCAGGAGAUGGUGGCCGGUCUGGAAAAACAGCUCGCAGAUUCGCAGCGCCGAAAAGUCGCGGCCGAGAAUCGGUUUGCUGCCGAGGAGGCAUGUCGAAAGGCAGCAGAGGAUCGCUGCGCAGGUGCUGAGAAGCGACAUGUGCAAGACGAAGAGCUGGCAGAGAGCUUGGCCGCGGCUCUCCAUGAAGCCAAGCAAUCCCUGAUGUCAAUAGAAGCCAAUCGAGAAGUUGCUGUGGACCAGGCCUCUGCGGAGGAGCGUGCUGCACGCCAAAGGUCGGAAUCCUUGCAAAAGGCCUUGCAGAAGGAAAUCGACAGUUUGAAGGAAAGCCUAGCCUCAGCAGAAGCCAAAGGCGCAGAGGCUGAAGCCCGAGCACAGGACUUGCAGAAACGCUUGGCUAGCAAAAAGGUCGAGCAAGCGCAGGCCCCAGAUUCACCAAGCAGAAAGGAGCAGGCAGAGAUUCUUGCUCGCAAAGAGGUGGAGGUCCGCAACCACGAGUUGCAGAAACGCCUCGCCGCUUCGGAGGCAAAAGUGAAAAAGGCGGAACAGGCAGAAGAAGCACGCAAAGAAGCCGAGGCUCGUACGCAAGAAGCGACGGAGCGCCUGUCUCUGCUCGAGGCGGAAGUGACGGAGCUUCGAGAGGCAGCGCUGGCUUUCAAAGAAGCAGAGACGCAGUUUCAGGAUUCUCAGAAGAAGGAAUCCCUGAAAAUCGAAGCAGCGGAAGCUGGGUGCGCUGCGGCGGAGGCGCGAGUCGCCCAGCUUCAGAAUCAGGUAUCCGGCUUGGAGUCCGAGCUCGCUCGGGCAAAGGCUGCCGGAUCCCUCCAAGAGGUUCAUCUAGCAGUCAAGAAAGAUGUAGAGGCUCACGCCGAAGACUUGCAAAAUCAGCUCUCGGACAUGGAAGCUCAUUUAGAGAAGGUGCACCAGGUCCGUGCAGACAAGGAGAAGGCGGAGGAGAAGCUGCAGAGUCUCGAAGAGCGGUGCAAAGCCAUUGAGGAAGAUAAGGCAUCAGCAAAAGCCGCAGCAGACGAGCAAGCUCAGGACCUGCAGCGGCGGCUCGAAGCCGCCAACCGCCGCUUGCUAGCUGAGGAGCAGUGCCGCAAGGCCGCCGAGGAGCGAAGCGCGGCAGCGGAACGGCGUCUUUCAGAAGCAGAGAAGCAUCUGGAGAGCAUGGCGAUGCCAAGUCCUCGAAGGCCGUCAGGAGAAGGCAGCCCACGAGACGAGGCAUCGCCAAAGCCCGCACCGUCGGAAGCCUCGACAGAAACGUACGAGAGAUGCGACAAUACGGCGCACGCAGAGUCCAAUGACGCGUCGCAGCUGCAUGCGCUACUUGCUGCAGCUGAGCUGAAGCUUGGCCCUUCAGAGAGUAAGGGCGAAAGAGAGAGCGAGAGAGGCAAGGGCUGGGGACGGACCUACCCCAGUUCUCCCCACCUGGUAGAGAGAGAGAGAGAGAGAUCGUGUUGUGACUUUGUGAUUUUAUAG